AUGCCAGUUCUGCCGUACACUGACGAAAACACCGUGCCCGUUAGUACGGCGCACCACAAGGACGAGUGGAAUCAUGCUGGUUUGCUUGAUUCAGAGACUACAGCGCCGUCGCUGCUGCCGAAUUCCAAGCGCAUUGCGCUCGGGGACGUCACUUCCCAGGCCAACAUUCCGCUACACAAGAGCCAAACCGGCCUCUAUUCCCGGCCUUUAAACGUUCGGGACACGCACGUACGAGACACAAACAACCCAUCCUGGAAUCAGUCUCUAGAAAAGUCUUCACCAGUGUCUUCGGCUGAGGUUAACGUGCGAAGCCAAACGACUCUCGACGAUAAAGUUGUGGUAAACAACAACAACAACAGCAACAACAACAUCAACACCGAUCACGACAUAGACGAAAAUGACUACGACAAGGAGAAUGGGGACACGUCCUCUGUCUUAUCCGACAGCGAACCUUUGCUCUUGCUCUCCACCGAUGAGUCCCGUAGUGCCAUCCAACUUGCACACCAGCAACUGCAUACUGAUGGACCGGAUCCUCUCGACGAGGACACUUAUGACUUGGUUAUGGUCGUAGAGUACAGCGAGGAAAUAUUCCAAUAUCUUCACGAACUAGAGGUGAAGUUUCAGCCGCAUCCGCGCUAUAUGCAUUUCCAACCGGAGCUUAAAUGGUCCUAUCGGUCUACUCUGAUUGAUUGGAUAGUACAGGUUCAUGCUCGGUUCCAACUAUUACCAGAGACUUUGUACUUGACUGUGAACAUCAUCGAUAGGUUUUUAUCGCGCAAGACUGUUACGUUGAACAGAUUUCAGUUGGUGGGAGCAGCGGCUUUAUUUCUCGCCGCAAAAUUUGAGGAGAUCAAUUGUCCCACUCUCAAAGAAAUUCUUUACAUGCUGGAUAAUUCUUAUUCCAAAGAUGAACUUUUGAAGGCUGAACGAUACAUGAUAAACACUUUAGAAUUCGAAUUGGGCUGGCCCGGUCCUAUGUCGUUUCUACGUCGUGUCAGCAAAGCAGACGACUAUGAGUACGAUAUAAGAACGCUUGCCAAAUACUUACUCGAAACCACAAUAAUGGAUUCUCGUUUGGCCUCGGCCCAACCAAGUUGGUUGGCUUCCGGCGCUUACUAUUUGAGCCGUGUAAUACUUGGCCUCAAUGAGUGGUCUCAACAGCAUAUCUACUAUUCCAAUUAUACUGCGGAACAACUAUUUCCUUUGGCAACAAUAAUAUUGGAGAACUGUAGAUACGCUUCCAAACGCCAUCAAGCCAUUUUCGAGAAAUAUUCCGAACGCCGUCAUCGUCGCUCCUCACAAGUUGUGGCUAGAUGGAUCGCUAUGGCUGAGCAACGCGUAAGUUGA